GUCUGAUACCAUAAUUUCGUUGCUCACAACAAUUCUUCUCUUCUCUCUUUGUCUAUCUCCGUGUUCUCUUCCUUCUUCUUCAAAUCCCUAGCCCCCUUUUUCUUGUUCUUGUAUAAAUACUCAACCAGAAGAGCUCCAACACAAGAAAAGUUAGAGAGAGAAAGUAGAGCGAGAAAAAUACUGAAACCCUCCCUCGCCAUUCUCGUUCUGCUCCGACCCUCUCGAUCUGCGCCAGGGAUUCUCUGGCAGGUAUUGUUGAUCUGUUCUGUUCUAGAUCUUUCGUGCGGUUUUUUGUUGAAGGCACCGUCAUGUCUUCCCUCAGCAGAGAACUUGUUUUUCUCAUACUUCAGUUUCUAGAUGAAGAGAAAUUUAAGGAGACUGUUCACAAAUUGGAGCAAGAAUCAGGAUUUUUCUUCAACAUGAGGUAUUUUGAGGAUAUGGUGACGAAUGGAGAGUGGGAUGAGGUGGAGAAGUACUUGUCUGGUUUUACCAAGGUGGAUGACAACAGAUACUCCAUGAAGAUUUUCUUUGAGAUACGGAAGCAGAAGUACUUAGAAGCAUUGGACAAGCAAGAUCGAGCAAAAGCUGUUGAGAUUUUAGUGAAGGACUUAAAAGUAUUUGCUGCAUUUAAUGAAGAGCUUUUUAAGGAAAUCACACAGUUGUUGACUUUGGAUAACUUUAGACAUAAUGAACAACUAUCAAAGUAUGGAGAUACAAAAUCUGCCAGAGGCAUAAUGCUGGCUGAACUGAAGAAAUUAAUAGAAGCUAACCCCCUGUUUCGUGAUAAACUUCAAUUUCCAACCUUAAAGAACUCCAGAUUACGGACACUAAUUAAUCAGAGUUUAAAUUGGCAGCAUCAACUUUGUAAGAACCCAAGGCCUAACCCUGACAUAAAGACCCUUUUUGUGGACCAUAGUUGUGGCCAACCAAAUGGUGCGCGAGCCCCAUCCCCUGUUACCAAUCCAUUAAUGGGCGCUGUCCCAAAGGCUGGAGGUUUCCCACCACUUGGUGCUCAUGGUCCAUUUCAGCCCACGCCAGCCGCUCUUCCGACAUCCCUUGCUGGCUGGAUGGCAAACCCUUCUCCUGUUCCACACCCUUCAGCUUCUGCUGGACCCAUAGGUUUGGCCGCAGCUAAUACUGCAGCGGCUAUUUUAAAGCGCCCCAGAACCCCUCCUACCAAUAACCCAGCUAUGGACUAUCAAACUGCAGAUUCAGAUCAUGUAUUGAAGAGAACAAGACCUUUUGGAAUAUCAGAUGAAGUCAGUAAUCUACCAGUAAAUUUGCUUCCGGUUGCAUACUCGAGCCAGAGCCAUGGUCAGAGCUCUUAUUCCUCUGACGACUUGCCCAAGACUGUUGUGAUGACUCUCAGCCAAGGUUCAAUUGUCAAAAGUAUGGAUUUCCACCCACUUCAGCAAAUUCUACUUCUUGUUGGAACAAGCAUGGGUGAUGUCAUGGUGUGGGAUAUAGGCAGCCGUGAAAGGAUUGCACAUAAAAAUUUUAAAGUCUGGGAACUUGGAGCAUGCUCUGUAGCUUUACAAGCAUCUCUUUCUAAUGAUUACUCGGCAUCAGUCAACCGGGUGGUGUGGAGCCCUGAUGGAACACUUUGCAGUGUUGCUUAUUCUAAACAUAUUGUUCACAUAUAUUCAUAUCAUGGUGGGGAUGAUCUAAGAAACCACCUGGAGAUUGAAGCUCAUACUGGGAGUGUCAAUGAUCUUGCUUUUUCUUAUCCAAACAAACAGCUCUGUGUUGUGACCUGUGGAGAGGAUAGGAUCAUUAAGGUAUGGGAUGCUGUUACUGGUGCAAAACAGUAUACUUUUGAGGGUCACGAAGCUCCCGUAUACUCUGUAUGCCCUCAUCACAAAGAAAGUAUUCAGUUCAUCUUCUCAACUGCAACUGAUGGAAAAAUAAAGGCAUGGUUGUAUGAUAACAUGGGUUCUAGGGUUGACUAUGAUGCACCUGGUCAUUCAUCUACUACAAUGGCAUAUAGUGCUGAUGGAACAAGACUGUUCUCAUGUGGCACGAAUAAAGAAGGAGAAUCAUAUCUAGUGGAAUGGAAUGAAAGUGAAGGAGCUGUGAAGCGUACAUAUCAUGGUCUUGGGAAGAGAUCCGCAGGUGUUGUUCAAUUUGAUACUACUAAGAAUCGGUUCUUGGUUGCUGGUGAUGAGUUUAUGAUCAAAUUCUGGGACAUGGAUAAUACAAACUUGUUAACAAGUGUUGAUGCGGAUGGGGGAUUACAGGCAUCUCCCUGUAUUAGAUUUAACAAGGAUGGAAUAUUGUUGGCUGUCUCCACAAAUGACAAUGGAGUUAAAAUUCUUGCCAAUGCGGAAGGAAUUAGGCUGCUUCGGACAGUGGAGAAUCGUACAUUUGAUGCUUCUAGAGUUGCUUCUGCGGCUGUUGUGAAGGCACCUACUAUUGGAGCUUUUCCUUCUACCAAUGUAACUGUUGGAACAAGCCUUGCCGAGAGAGCUCCUCCUGUAGCAGCAAUGGUUGGGAUUAAUAAUGAUACACGAAGUUUAGCUGAUGUGAAACCAAGAAUUGUUGAUGAAGCUGUGGAUAAAUCUAAGAUAUGGAAGCUGACAGAAAUUAAUGAACCGUCACAGUGCCGCUCCCUGAAACUUCCUGAUAGUUUGUCAUCAAUGAGGGUUUCUAGGUUAAUUUAUACAAAUCAGGGGGUUGCAAUUUUGGCCUUGGCAACAAAUGCUGUUCACAAGCUUUGGAAAUGGCAGAGAAAUGAGCGGAAUCCUUCCGGGAAGGCAUCUGCAAACAUUCUACCACAACUAUGGCAACCAUCUAGUGGAAUGUUGAUGACUAAUGAUAUAAGUGAUACUAACCCAGAGGAUGCUGUGUCAUGCUUUGCGCUGUCAAAGAAUGACUCAUAUGUUCUGUCUGCUUCAGGGGGGAAAAUUUCCCUGUUUAAUAUGAUGACCUUUAAGACAAUGACAACUUUCAUGCCGCCUCCACCAGCUGCUACAUUUCUUGCAUUUCAUCCUCAAGACAACAAUAUUAUUGCCAUUGGCAUGGAUGACUCUUCCAUACAAAUAUAUAAUGUUCGAGUGGAUGAGGUCAAAACCAAGCUAAAAGGUCAUCAGAAGAGAAUCACCGGUCUUGCCUUUUCUCACGUUCUCAAUGUGCUUGUAUCAUCCGGAGCUGAUUCUCAGUUGUGUGUUUGGAGCACAGAUGGAUGGGAAAAACAAGCAAGUAGGUUCCUACAGAUGCCCAGUGGGCGACCUCCAGCACCUCUUGCAGAUACUCGGGUCCAAUUUCAUCAAGACCAGACACAUUUACUGGCUGUUCAUGAAACUCAAAUAGCCUUAUACGAGGCACCAAAGUUGGAAUGUAUAAAGCAGUUUUCGUCGCGGGAAAAUAAUCCAAUCACACAUGCAACAUACUCGUGCGAUAGUCAGUCAAUAUAUGUAAGCUUUGAGGAUGGAAGUGUUGGCAUUCUUACUGUCCCGGCGCUCAGAUUAAGAUGUAGAAUUAGUCAAACUGCUUAUCUCCAUCCCAACCCAAGCUUGAGAGUGUAUCCAGUUGUGAUUGCUGCACAUCCCUCUGAACCAAAUCAAUUUGCUUUAGGACUUACGGAUGGGGGAGUACAUGUACUUGAACCCCUAGAGACAGAAGCAAAAUGGGGUACUCCACCUCCAAACGAGAACGGUGCUGGUCCUAGCACUACUUCAGGUGCGGCUGCUUCAGAGCAACCCCAAAGAUGAUGGACGGACAUUAAGAUGAUGAUGAUGAUGUAGUACUUUCUUCUCUAAAAGGACCUUUGAGUGUGUGUUUGGUUGCAUAUGAUCCCGCUCCCUGGUGCCUCUAUUCGGGUUUGCAAAGGGAAGCUGCGGAACCUAGGUGUUUGUUUGUAGGUUAGGACAAAUCAAUUGAACCAAUCACCUUUCCUAACCAAUUUAUGCUCCUGGGAUAGGCAUUGGCACUGGCAGACACAUAGGAUUACUGGCGUAAAUUCGGCUGGGGUGUUGCAGAGUGGAGGGUCAUUCUUAUUAUUUUUUUUCCUUUGGUCCUACCUUUCUUUGUGUAGUAUUUUUUUUAAUAUAUAUAUAUAUAUAUAUAAUAUA